UCUCCUAAGUGAGCAAGUGUUUACAAAUACUAUCAGUAAAAGAGUGUAGGUCUCUACUUAAAGUCGAGCUACGGUGUUAGCUACCCGAAACGUUUAACCUCAAAUAUUUUCUCAGUGCAUAUCGUGAAAAUUCACAGCGAAUACAUAUAAUCAAGCGAGAAAUGGAAAGCCAAAAGGACAGCGUUAGAGUAAAGGAAGAGCCGAAAGAUACUUGUCUAGAUAAUGAUAAUAUUUUUAAUUCUGAAGACUCUUGCAAUGCCAAAAACUUUGAUACUUGCACAUUUUAUAAAAUACCGGCAAAUCACACGAAUGAAGCAAUGGAGUUACAGGAAAAGUUAGAUAAAAAAAUAUUCAUUGAUUUAGAGUGCAAAAAUGUUAAACCGGAACUGAAGUCUUUACCGACAAACAUUUGCAAAACUGAGAAUCAAAGUGAUCUAUCAAAUGUGAAAAUAGAACACCAAUUUCAGGCUAAUUAUUUAUGUAAUAAAGAUGUAAUAAUUAUCAUAAAAAAAGGAUUCGAUUAUGAUAAUAAUUGUCAAUUUAAAGUAGAUUCCCGAUUGAAAAUUAGAAGAUAUAAGGAUGUGAAUAAAUUAAGAAAAAUAUCUCAAACUAAAUUAUCUUAUGAGUGUAAAAUAAACAAAAAAACAUAUGAAGAAGAUGUGAGUCUACUAGGACAAGUAAAUACAACACACAACAGCAUUAAACAAUAUGAAUCUAAUAUUUGUCAUGCAUCAUUUAGACAAAAAGGUAACCUCAAUUUUGAUAUAAAUGUAGUACAUAGCCGAAACAAACCCUUCGACUGUGAAAUUUGUCAUAAGCCAUUUGGGUACCAGAGUAAUCUCAAAAAACACAUCAAUUCAGUACAUGAUCGCAAAAAAUCCUUCGAAUGUGAGAUUUGUCACAAAUCAUUUGGACUAAAGGGUAACCUCAAAAGUCACUUAAAUGCAGUACAUGAUCGGAGCAAACCCUUUGAAUGUGAGAUUUGUCACAAAUCAUUCGGACUAAAGGGUAACCUCAAAAGUCACUUAAAUGCAGUACAUGGUCGGAGCAAACCUUUUGAAUGUGAGAUUUGUCACAAAUCGUUCGGACGAAAACAAAGUCUUAAAAUUCACACAGGUACAGUGCAUGAUCGUAUCAAACUCUUUGAGUGUAACAUUUGUCACAAAUUAUUUGGACUAAAAGGUCAACUCAAUCGUCACAUACGUUCAGUACACAAUCGAAUCAAACCCUUUGAAUGUGAGAUUUGCCACAAAUCAUUUGGAAGAAAGGGACACUUUGAAGAUCACAAAAUGACGGUACAUUAUCAUAGUAAACCCUUCUCGUGCGAUAUUUGUCAGAAAUCAUUUGGAAAGAAAGGUCAUCUGACUAAACACAUUAACAUAGUACAUAAUCAUAACAAACCUUUUGAGUGUGAGAUCUGUCACAUAUCAUUUGGGUACCAGAGUAAACUCAAAAGGCACGUCAAUGCAGUACAUUAUCGUAGCAAACCUUUCGAGUGUGAAGUUUGUCACAAAUCAUUUGCAUACCAGCAUACAUUUAAAGGUCACAUGAAUACAGUACAUAAUCGUAACAAAUCCUUUGAGUGUGAAAUUUGUUAUAUAUCGUUUGGACAAAAUAGUCACCUUAAAUCUCACAUAAAUACUGUACAUGAUCGGAAAAGACCGUUUGAAUGUGAUAUUUGUCAAAGAUCAUUUGGACAAAAAGGUACCCUCAAAAUUCACAUAAAUGAAGUACAUGAUCGGAAAAGACCGUUUGAAUGUGAAAUUUGUCACAAAUCGUUUGGAAGAAAACAUUACGUUAAAACUCACAUAAAUAUAGUACAUAAUCGUAGCAGAUCCUGAUCGAGUGUGAGAUUUAUCAAAAAUCAUUUGGAUGCAAGAGUGACCUCAAGAAAUAUGUAAAUGGAGUUCAUGAUCACAGCAAUCCUUGAGAUAGUGAGAUUUAAUUGGUUACAGUUGGACUCAAUCAAUGCUUCGGUAAUCACACAAAGUACACUAUUUAAUUUCAGAAAACUUCACAUAAAUAUCUUCCAAAUGUGUGACAAUUACAAUAAAGUGAUCGAAACUGUCA